AUGGUCUGGACGGUGGACAAAGCAGCAGGCCAAUCUUUGUUUAUACUUUUGAUCUUUAUUAUUGUUGAUAUUGUUUCAGUCGUUUUGGUUCCAACGAGCGAUAUGGACCCUUCCUGGUCAGCGGCGGUGGUUGUUAGCGAUAGACCCGUUGUUGAACCAUGUCCCAAACCCGAACUUUCUGCUGCCGUGCGGGCAAAAAUCGAGAGGAAUCGACAGCGGGCGUUGAUGCUCCGACAAGCCCGGAUAGCGAGCCGCCCUUUGGCCCCUGUGCAGGGUGCGACCUCGGCCAAAGUCUGCAAAACCAUCGACUCCGGUGCGGGCUUUUUCAUUGAGGAAGAGGAGGGUGUCGAGGAGGAGCAGAAGACCAGUAAGGUGGUGCACCAGCCAGCCCCAGUCAUUGAGCCAGACUACCUGUUUUGCGAUGAUUGUCAAAAGCCCUUUAUGGACUCCUACCUCAGCAACAGCUUUGACCUGUCUGUGUGUGACAAGUGCAGAGACACUGAAGAGAAACACAAGUUGAUCUCCAGAACUGAGGCCAAGCAGAACUACCUGCUGAAGGACUGUGACCUGGACAAGAGAGAGCCUCCGCUCAAGUUCAUAUUGAGGAAAAACCCUCACAACCCACACUGGGGGGACAUGAAGCUCUACCUUAAAGUACAUGUAGAGAAGCGAUGUAUGGAGGUGUGGGGUUCGGAGGCGGCGCUGGAAGAAGCCAAGGAGACGAGGGAAGAAAACAGAGAAGUACAGAAGCAAAAACGUUUCAAUAAGAAAGUCAAAGAGCUGCGUCGGGCAGUGAGGAGCAGCAUGUGGACCAAAGACACCAGCGCUCACCAUCAUCAGUAUGGACCAGAGGUGGUGGUGGAUCUGGAAGAGGACCUCUACAAGAAAACCUGCAGGACAUGCGGGCAUGAACUUACCUACGAAAAGAUGUAAAUGGACAGCACAGUUUGAUGCCUCUGCUAGAAGCCGCAUGUUCACAUUCUCCCUCAUCACUUUUAGGAUUACAUUUUCAAAUAAAACA